AUGGCUCAGCUUGAAUCUUAUUUACCUCUUCUCACCCUUUUCUUCUUCCUUAUUCCUUCCCUCACAACUGCAAUCUCUUCAUCUUGUGGAGGUACAUGCCAAACCCUAAACGAUUGUCCAGGUCAGCUCAUCUGCAUCAGUGGAAAGUGCACCGAUGAUCCCACAGUUGGAACCCAUGUCUGUACCAAUGGAUCUUCCACCGCCGGAGGUUGCAACAGUGCCGGAACUCUCAUCUGUGGAGGCACUAGCUAUUACACAUAUGAUUGCUCACCUCCUAUCACUUCCUCUACUCCAGCCCUUCUUUCAAACAAUGAUUUCACUGCAGCUGGUAGUGGACCAUCAGCAUGUGAUGGAAAAUACCAUGAGAACACACAACCUAUUGUUGCCCUCUCUACUGGUUGGUAUGAUAAAGGUAGCAGAUGUGGAAACUUGAUUCUCAUAACUGCAAAAAAUGGAAAGACAGUGAAGGCUAAGGUUGUGGAUGAUUGUGAUUCUAUGCACGGUUAUAGCUGUGAUAGUGAAAGAGAUGUAGAAGGUCCUUGUGCAAAUAAUAUCAUCAAUGGUUCUGAUGCGGUUUGGGAGGCUUUGGGGCUUAACAUCACUGAUGCUAUUGUUGAGGUAACAUGGACUAUGGCUGAGAGGGUUAGGUCUUAUGUUUGUAUUGUUACCAACUGAUCCAUAAAAUUAAUG